UGAAGAGAAAGCGAAAGAUAGAGAGAGACUCAAUACCACCACCCACGUCAAAACAAAAUCCCAGAUCUCGCUCCAUCUUUAUAACCCAGAUUCAGGAAACACGGGAAGAGGGUAUAGGCUGAAUCAGGGGGAAGCAGAAUGGUGCAGAAAUCGUUGAUCUACGCUUUUGUCUCCCGUGGGGAGGUGGUUCUGGCAGAGUACACCGAGUUCAGUGGGAAUUUCAAUUCCAUUGCGUUCCAGUGCCUACAGAAGCUUCCGGCUUCCAACAACAAAUUCACGUACAACUGCGAUGGCCAUACCUUCAAUUACCUCGUCGACAAUGGCUACACAUAUUGUGUGGUUGCUGAAGAAUCGGUAGGACGGCAAAUACCAAUUGCUUUUCUGGAGCGUGUCAAGGAUGACUUUAUGUCAAAAUAUGGAAGUGUAAAGGCUGCUACAUCUGCUGCUAACAGCCUCAAUAAAGAAUUUGGUCCAAAAUUGAAAGAGCACAUGCAGUACUGCAUUGAUCAUCCUGAAGAGAUAAGCAAGAUUGCUAAGGUGAAGGCUCAGGUUUCAGAAGUUAAAGGUGUUAUGAUGGAGAACAUUGAAAAGGUUUUAGAUAGAGGGGAAAAAAUAGAGAUCUUGGUGGAUAAGACAGAGUCUCUUCAUCAUCAGGCUCAAGACUUCCGUAAUUCAGGGACGAAAAUCCGAAGGAAGAUGUGGCUGCAAAACAUGAAAAUCAAGCUGAUUGUUUUGGGAAUACUGUUUGCAUUGAUCCUCAUCAUAGUCUUGUCCAUCUGCCAUGGUUUCAACUGCGCAAAAUCCAACUGAAGACGUAUUCUUGUGUUAGCAGACCUCUUAUGAUCAUGCCAUGAGAAAAAAUAUCAUGAAAUAUUUCGUCCCCUUGUAUGUCUAAAAGGUUAGUGAUUGCCAGACAAGUUAAAUUUUUGAAUGUGAAGGAAGAUCUCUAAGUUUGUUGUAUCAAACAACAGCAUAUUGCAAUUGCUUGAAGAGAUUGUUGUUUAGAUUCAAAUAAUUGUUUGUACAUCUGAAUUCUAUAGACUUGCAAAAGGGAGAAAAUGCUCUAGAUUGUUUUGUUGGUUCUUUGUACCUGUAAUUUCAUUUCCAAACAUUCUUCUGUUGAUUCAAAUAUUUUGUGUCUUUGCAUGUCUAGAUUGCAACAUCUUUUU